CUGCCAACUUCCAAUUCGAUCCUGCUCGGCAUCGUUUUACCAACGCCGCUCCCUUCAUCCAUUCGCACCAUUAUGGCUCGAAACACCGGCAUUCCAAGCGCGGCUCGUCAGCCAAAGCCGACAAGGGCAGCCUCGCCCAACACCUCAGCUGUUGUCAUUAGUGCGAGCCCCAGCAACAUGUCCCCCAACACCCCUACCACCACAUGGCUGAGGAUAUGGUCGCGUCGAAACACGAAAGAGGAUGGCCAUCUUGCUGAUGGAUGCGUCGUGAUGUGACCUUAGUAUUGGUCGCCCGAUGAAGUCACAAAAGAUCCACGGGUCCCGUUCCGUUUGCACUACUAGGACGACGAAGGCGCCGGCAUACCACGCUCGUUUGCAAUG